UUUUUUUAAAUUUUAUCUUGUUUUAUAAAUAUUUGUAUGUUCAUUAUUUUGAUUUUUUUAAUUUCAGAUACUCUUACGUUGGGACAGAGAAUUGCCAUAGCAAGAAUUUUAAGCGCAAUCGAAUCCUUACGCUCACUUAUAAUUGCUAACAUGAAUGAAACAAAACUUCUCCGUGCAGACAUAGAAAAGCUUAAAACCAAAUACGGAGCUACACCGGAGAGUGAAUUGAUUGAAGUUGUACCAUGUGUUCAAGUUUUAGACAUUCCAUGCGAUACACUUGAUGGUUUCUUGGCAUUUGAGGCUAAACUUCAAGAUGAUAUGCCAACAUAUUAUGCUUUGGAAAAUUUACUAAACAAAAUGCCACACAUAACAUUGCAAAAAUAUCUAAGUGCUUGUCUUAGGUACUGUAUUGCUGAUCCAGUUGCAAAAAUAUGCUCAUGGGACGGAAAGAAUAACAAUUUCGCAGUUGGAGAAUUCACAUUGAUGAGUAUAAUUUCAGAAUGUGCACGAAAGAAAUUCCCGGAAACAAGAACUUGCGACAUCGUUACAGUGAUGAGAAAAUGGUUCCAUUACGCUAAGGAUCGCAAUCGUAAGAAGAAGCAUCGAAAUACUACUUCGUAAUUUUUUUUUGCAAAACAAGUGGUUUUUAAUAAACAUUUUAAUUUUUAAAUUGGUAGAAUUCGCCAGUUUUCUUUUUUUUUUUUCUUAUUC